ACGUCUUAUGCGCAAGCGUCGAGAACACAAACUUCAAACUGAAAGUGACUACUGCAAAGAAUUUUGCAAAAAGUUGCUUUAGAACAUUAUAUUGAAAAGGUUCUUCAUUUAAAAGAAUCCGCAGUCAUGGACCCACCAAUGGGAGACUCUAAUGUAUUCGCAAUGCAAACCUCUCCCCGCAGACGUUCACCAUAUGAUGACAACUCAGAUAUGUAUAACCAGAGAAUGCCUGUCCAGAAAAGGAAUGUUCCAUCAGCUCAACAUCGAGGGGGCCCAUUUGGAGGACACAGUGGUCCUACCCCCCUGUUUGAGGAUACAAGUGUAGACCAACAACAGGGAAUGCCAGGAAUGCAAGGGGGGUUUGGACAGUUUGCUGGAAAUGAAUUUCUACAAGGUCCAAUGGCUAAUGUGGCCGUAGGGUAUGGAGCAGCCAUGGCUAAUCAAGGCAAAGAAUAUGUGGAAAAGCAUAUUGACCGAUUUGUUUCAGUAUCAAAAUUAAAGUAUUACUUUGCUGUGGAUACGACAUAUGUUGUCAAAAAACUGGGACUUCUCAUCUUCCCUUUUACACACAAAAACUGGUCAGUGCAGUAUAACAAGUCAGAACCGGUUGCACCAAGAUAUGAAGUGAAUGCCCCUGAUCUCUACAUUCCAGUGAUGGCAUUUGUUACAUACAUUCUUGUUGCUGGGCUAGUUAUGGGAACACAGAAUAGAUUCACUCCUGAACAGCUGGGUAUCACAGCCAGUUCUGCUCUUGUGUGGCUGUUUGUUGAAAUAAUGGCUAUCCUCUUUUCCAUGUACAUCUGCAAUGUGCAGGCAGAGAUCAAGUGGCUUGAUCUUUUAGCAUUUUGUGGCUACAAAUAUUUUGGGAUGAUUGUGAGUUGCCUUGGUGGGCUUGUUUUCCAUUCCUUUGGUUAUUAUCUUAUUCUCUUAUGGAUGAGCAUCAGCAUUGGAUUUUUCAUGGUGCGCACCUUGAGGUUAAUUAUUGUACCAGAAUCUGCACCUGAUGGGAUCGCCAGAGCAAGCAAACGAAGAAUAUACCUUCUGUUAUUUAUAGCCGUGUUGCAGCCCUUGUUCAUGUAUUUCUUAACAAGUCAUUUGAGACCAGUCUCUUCAGAGUCCUUAAAUGGCCCGAAAGCUACCUUGUAAAAAUGCUCUGUAGAUAAGAAUUUAAUAUUUGAAGCGCUCUGUUCCUUCUGUUUCACAAGUUAAAGCUGCUUAGCCAAAUGAAAAUUUCCUUUCAAAUACUUAGGCAGAUUAGAAAAGAGGAUUUCCGCUUCUGUAUACAUUGGUUUUUGAGGGAUCUUCCAGAGUUCUGCUAUCAACUCAAGGAGGAAGAAAACAGAAAUGCGGUCAAACAAAAACAAGCAGUCCCUGACUACGCCGAGAAUCUAAGGGGUUAGAUUGUUUCAAGCAAUACUGUUUUCCUCUGACUGUUUGGAGCUGCAGAUUUGUUUGACGCACUCAAAAAUUAUGCAAAAUAUGUUACACCCGAUCAUAGAGAAAAUUCUGACCACGUGACUUAUCCUACGUCUACAAUCGUCUAAAUGUCAGUUCUCGCUAGAUUUUUCUUGCGCAUUUUUCGGUUAGUGAUUUGAUAUCAAGAUUGUGUUGUGCUCAAGACUUGCCGUACUAAACCGAGAAGUUGAACUAAUACUUUCCUUGUAUGGGUCUAGAAUAACGACAACUCUAAAAGAAAGAGCAGCUUUCUCAAAUUA